UGCGGUACCUACAAUAAUUUAAGAUGCCUAGCACGGAAUCCAUAACCGUAACGCGCGACGAGUCGGAUGGAGGUUCCGUAACGUACGCGAAGCGGAUGUCGAGGCUGAGGACGGAAAAGGAAUUGGACACUUUAAGGGAGGAAUUAUCGCUCGAAGAUCACAGGCUGAGCCUAACGGAACUGACCGAAAAAUACGAGACCAACCUUAAACGCGGCUUGACCAGGCACCGCGCGUUGACCUUGCUGCAGCAAAACGGCCCAAACUGCUUAAUACCCCCCCCGCCGAAAUCGCAGUGGCACAUUCUGGCAGGAAAUUUGUUUCACGGUUUUGCCGGAUUACUCUGGAUAGGGGCCAUACUGACCAUUGUGGGAUACGGAAUCGAAUUUUAUAGCAACCCCAAUCCAUCGAAGGACAAACUGUACCUGGGCCUGGUGCUGGUUACGGUUGUAAUAGUCACCGGCAUCUUUGGAUAUUGUCACGAGUCGGCCAAUCUGGCAAUAAUGGACAGUUUUAAGAAGCUGGUCCCAAAACUCGCGAAGGUCAUUCGCGAGGGUAGGGUAGCGGAAAUCCCAACCGAAGAAGUGGUCGUGGGGGAUCUGGUGGAAAUUAAAGGGGGCGACAUCGUACCCGCGGACAUCCGAAUUAUUAUGUGCAGAGGGCUGAAGGUUAACAAUAGUCCGAUCACCGGUGAAUCGGAGGUGCAGCCCAGAUCGACGGAAUGCACCGACAAUAAUCCUAUGGAAACUCAAAACUUGGUCUUUUACGGAACGGUAGUCGCCGAAGGGAUCGGUACUGGUAUAGUAAUCGCCUGCGGUGAUGACACCCUAAUGGGCCGCAUUGCCGGACUCACCGCGUCCAUUGAGCCACUAGAGAUGCCAAUUAAAAGAGAAGUCCGUCAAUUCAACACGAUCAUUUCUGUAAUUGCGGUAACCGUCGGUUUCGUAUUCUUCGUGUCGUCUCUGGCGAUGGGCUACAACUUCUUCGUCGCGUUCGGAUUUUUCAUCGCCCUAAUCGUCGCGAAUAUUCCCGAGGGCAUGCUGGUCACGAUGACCGCCUGUCUCACGCUAACCGCCAAAGCGAUGGCCAGAAAGAAUUGCCUCGUCAAAAAUCUGGAAGGUAUCGAAACCCUGGGCUCGACCAACGUGAUUUGCUCCGACAAAACCGGCACGCUAACGGAGAACAAGAUGACCGUGUCGCAUUUCUUCUACGAGGGAUUUACCGUCGACGUUCUGGGAAAUUCCGAGGCGAUUCAGAGGACGAUCGCAUUCAAGCGCCUGUGUAGGGUGGCGAUUCUAUGCAAUAAUGCGGAGUUUCAGCCGCAGCAAGAGAAAAUACCCGUGCACAAGCGGGAGAUUGUCGGCGAUCCGAUCGACGUUGCCAUCUUGCGGAUCAUGGAGGUUCACAUAGGUCACACUAAGAAUUAUCGUCUCGAACGGCCUAAGAUAUUGGAGAUACCCUUCAACUCGACAAACAAAUAUCAGCUUUCCAUUCACGAGAUUCUCGCCGAAAAAGUGAAUUUGGUUGUCAUGAAGGGGGCGCCGGAGAAUAUUCUCGAACGGUGCUCCACGUACUUUUACGAUGAAGCCACCGUGCAAUUGACUGCCCAGCGGGUAGCUGAGAUAAAGCAGGUGUUGCUGAACUUGGGAUAUAUGGGCGAACGCGUUGUGGGUUUCGCCGACUUGGAGCUGUCGAAGGAUGAGUAUCCUAUUGGUUAUCCCUUUAGUAUAGAGUCGUUGAAUUUUCCGCUUGCUAAACUGAGAUUUUUGGGUUUUAUAUCCAUGGUGGAUCCCCCGCGCGCUGGCGUGCUUGACGCCGUGGAGAAAUGCAGAAACGCUGGCAUUCGCGUGAUCAUGGUUACGGGAGAUCAUCCGGUUACGGCGGUGUCAAUAGCAAAAAAGGUUGGAAUUAUUAGUCAGUACAACGAGACCGUGUACGAUCUUGCCUGGAGGAGGGAGUUGUCGACCUCGAUGCUUACUGAAGACGAGCGUCGUGCGUGUAAUGCUUCUGUUAUAACCGGCGCUGAACUGAAGGAGAUGACACAAUCGGAGUUGGAGAACGUACUCACUACGUAUUCCGAAAUUGUGUUUGCGAGAACUAGCCCUCAGCAGAAGCUGAACAUUGUUGAAGCGUUACAGGCACUUGGCGCAGUUGUUGCGGUUACAGGAGACGGCAUCAACGAUUCUCCAGCUUUAAGGAAGGCCGAUAUUGGAAUUGCCAUGGGCAUAGUGGGAACUGACGUCUCGAAGGAAGCGGCCGAUAUGAUCCUCCUCGACGAUAAUUUCGCAACGAUAGUUACCGGAAUCGAGGCAGGUCGAUUGGUGUUUGACAACCUGAAGAAGAGCAUCGCGUACGUGCUCACUUCAAACGUGCCCGAAAUCGUACCCUUCAUCCUCUUCAUAGUGCUGGGUUUACCCCAAACUCUAAGCGUAAUAUCCAUAUUGAUAAUCGAUGUCGGAACGGACUUGUGGCCCGCCAUCAGUUUGGCAUACGAAAGCGCCGAAGCGGACAUAAUGAGCCGAACGCCUAGGGACCCUUCGAUUGAUAAACUGGUAACCUCAAGACUCAUCGCCUUCACAUACCUACAGAUUGGAGUUAUCCAAACUUGCGCGGCGUACACAUGCUACUUUAUCACCAUGGCGGCGUACGGAUUCUUCUACGAUCGCCUACUUGGGUUGAGAUACGAAUGGGACCGCGAGGACGUGAACGAUCUCAUUGACUCCUACGGAGCUAAGUGGACCUACAGCCAAAGGAUGAGUUUGCAACGGAAGGGCUACGCCGCCUACUUCUUCGCCAUAGUCAUAACCCAGAUAGCCGACGCGAUCAUAGUCAAAACUAGGCGGCUAUCCAUCUACCAGCAAGGGAUGACCAACUGGGUCCUCAACUUCGGAAUCAUAUUCGAAAUCUUCCUCGCGUUCUUCGUCGUCUACUGCCCUCUCAUUAACCACGCUUUCCAAUUCGAACCCAUCCAGUGGUUCUCCAUCGUUCCAGCGAUCCCGUUCGCGAUAUUCAUCAUUUUUUACGACGAAGUACGACGAUACAUAAUUCGAUUAUGGCCGGAUGGCUGGCUAGCUCAAGAAACUUAUUAUUAAUAGUAGAUUAAGGUGUCACCAACUUCCCCAUAAA